UUGCUGUAGGAACGGGCUGGCUGCUAUGGACGCUGCUGGAGGGAGGCGCCCGGGCCCCCCUCGCCGGGCUGGUGCUCCCUGCGGGCGAGUUCUGCUGUGGGGCUGGGCCCUGCUGGGCUGCGCCUGGUGCCCUCGCCCCCCGGGGGCUGCUGCCGCCGGCUACGCGCUGGACGAUUCGGGCGGGCUGGGCAGUGAGUUCGACGGCAUCGGGGCCGUGAGCGGCGGAGGGGCUACCUCUCGACUUCUGGUGAAUUACCCAGAGCCUUAUCGCUCUCAGAUCUUAGAUUAUCUGUUUAUGCCAAAUUUUGGUGCCUCUUUGCAUAUUCUGAAAGUAGAGAUUGGUGGUGAUGGACAGUCAACAGAUGGUACUGAACCCUCCCACAUGCACUAUGAAAACGAUGAGAAUUAUUUCCGGGGCUAUGAGUGGUGGCUAAUGAAAGAAGCUAAAAAGAGGAACCCCAACAUUAAAUUGAUUGGGUUACCUUGGGCAUUUCCUGGAUGGAUAGGGAGGGGUCAGAACUGGCCCUAUAAUCAUCCGGAUGUCACUGUUUACUAUAUUGUUUCCUGGAUUCUAGGUGCCAAGCAGUAUCACAAUUUGGACAUUGAUUAUAUUGGGAUAUGGAAUGAAAGGUCAUUUAAUUGCAAAUAUAUCAAGCUAUUAAGGUACACCUUGGAUAAACGAGGUCUGCAGCGGGUGAAGAUCAUAGCCAGUGAUAACAUGUGGGAGCCAAUUUCCUUUUUCAUGAUGGUCGAUUCUGAGCUCCAUAAAGUGGUUGAUAUCAUAGGGGCUCAUUACCCUGGAACAAAAACAGUGGCUAGUGCCUUAGCAACUCAGAAGAAACUGUGGGCUUCAGAAGACUAUAGCACUUUCAAUGAUGAAGUGGGUGCAGGCUGCUGGGCUCGGAUCCUGAACCAGAACUAUGUGAAUGGAAAUAUGACCUCCACCAUUGCUUGGAAUUUGGUGGCUAGUUAUUAUGAAGCUUUGCCCUUUGGUCGAGAUGGAUUAAUGACAGCGCAAGAGCCAUGGAGUGGCUAUUAUGCAGUGGAAGGUCCCAUCUGGAUCACAGCACACACGACCCAGUUUACCCACCCUGGCUGGCACUACCUGCAGGUGGAUGGACAUUUGGAAGACGGUGGCAGCUAUGUAGCUCUGACCGAUGGCCUAGGCAACCUUACUAUCAUCAUUGAAACUAUGACUUAUCGCCACUCUCAGUGUAUCAGGCCUCCACUGCUUCCCUUCAUUGUGUCACCUCAGAAAGCAACUUUCUACCUCAAAGGAUCCUUUCAUAAAGUGAAAAUCUUGAAAAUGUGGUAUACUAAGCUUGGCUUCAAAUCUGCAAAUUCCACCUUAUUCCAUCCUCUUCCUCCUGUAAAGGUACAUGAAGGGAUGUUCAGUUUAAAUCUGGAUGUGGAUGAAGUCUACACGUUAACUACCCUCAUGACAGGCCGGAAAGGCACUUACCCAGAUCCUCCUCAGUCCAAGCCUUUUCCUUCAAAUUACAAGGAUGAUUUCAACAUUCGUAAUCCGCCCUUUAGUGAAGCUCCAUAUUUUGCUGAUCAGACUGGGAUAUUCGAGUACUUUGUCAACACUUCUGAUCCAGGGGACCACAUUUUCACACUCCGCCAGGUGGUGAUUCAGCGACCCAUCACCUGGGCUUCUGAUGCAGACCAGGCCAUCAGCAUUAUAGGAGACUUUAAAUGGGUAAAUGUGACGAUAACUUGUGAUGUCUACAUAGAGCACCUGGGCAACGGUGGUGUGUUCAUUGCAGGAAGAGUAAACAAUGGCGGGAUAUAUGUUCGAUGUAGCAAAGGACUCUUCUUCUGGGUGUUUGCAGAUGGCACCUACCGGGUCACUGGUGAUCUCUCUGGAGAGGAAGUCCUGAUGAAAGGAAUGUCUGGUGUGCGAGCCAGAGUAUGGCACACACUCACUCUGAAUCUCAAGGGUUCUUCUGCCUCAGGAUUGCUCAAUGGUUAUCCUCUCUGGGAGAACGUCACCUUAUCUGAGACAAGCCAUGGCUGGGCGGCUAUUGGAACACGCUCCUUUGAAUUCGCACAGUUUGACAAUUUUCACGUUGAGGCCAGUUGAGGUUGCUGGCAUACUAAGACAAGCCAGUUGUUUUAUUACUACUUUGAAUCGGAGCCAGUUCAAACUUUGGAGAUAACUUGUAAAUACUAUUUUGUGGUUGAUUUGUUGGCCAGCGUUCUAAAUUCCACCCUUAUUUAUUACUGUUUGUUAGAAAUGUACUUGAGUAGGUAUGUGUUACACAUGCCUGUGACUUAAUCGAAAGGAUGCUCUGGGAUUUUGCCCUUUAAUUUUCAGAGAUAAGUUUUUGUUUAAGUUAGAGAUGGCAAACAGGAGCCAUGGAUUGAAACUCUCUUGAAUAUGCCCCAGUUCACUUGUGAGCCAUUUGAAGAAAUUAACGUGCAGUAUGUAGAGGACCUCAGAAGCUUCAGUUUUAACACUUACCUGGCUCUGGUGUUUUCCUUUCACCCUCCAACUAAGAAUUAAACAUCUAAAUUUAGUGAACAUAUUCCUAAAGGGUCACGUUUACUGUUCCCAAAUUCCCCUUUCAACAAAGUGCUUAAUUCUGUUACAAUAGAAAGAUGUUUGCCAUAGUCUGAGGCUAGGGAAUACACAACUGCAAGUGCAUUUGAAUUACUUCUCCCAGUUGUAAAUGAGACCUGCAAUACCAGCCUUUAGACAUAUAUAUUUUGAGGCUGUAAUCUGUACAUUGGAGUACAAACACAGCUUAUGGUUGAUUUGGCCAUUUAGGAAGUGCCUUAUGUUUAAACUACCUCUGUCAUUAAUGACAAAGUAGCAAAUGAGCUAUUGUAAUACAAUCAGCUGUUGAUAUCCCCACUCCUUUCUGUGCACUAUCUUGGUUGCUUUUCCAGGAGGGAGGGGAAAGAUGGGUCUCUUAAUUUGGUGAGGUGCUUAGAUAAUAUGGUCAUGAGCUCUUGAAGUACAGAUGAGCAGAUUUCCUCUUGAGUUUACACCCAAGACAGCUGUCACUCAGCUACUCAAUGGUCUCUGAUAAGUAAAGACCCCAUUCUGAGAUGCAGAAAUUAUCUUUCACUGGAUGUUGACAACUGUAAACUUUUCCAUUUAUGUCAGGGCAGGACUCCGAAGUAGCUAAUAUGUGAAAAAUGUGCUUCUUUUCCUAAAAGGUUUGUCAAGCAUCUUCCACUUAUGAUACGGGACUCUAUCCUAAAACAGAGAAUAAAUUAAGUAUAAUUAUAUGCUAUAAAUCCUCAGGGGGAAAAAACCCUCUCCAUUUUGCUGUCAUUCCUUGGCUUUCCAAGUCACUGCAACAGCUGCAGAGUUAAUUUAUUCUUGAAUGUAUAAGUGAGUCUUGAAGUACAGAGCGAGACUCUCAUAUAUUGCUACUCUAGGUUCUGUAGACUCCUGCAUUUUUCUUCCUUUGUUUGUUCGUGUUCUGCUCGGCUCAGUUUGGAAAUAAUAACUUGGUAGUUCAACGAGAUGCAUGACAAGAUGACAUACUAGAAGGGAAAACUUUCCAUACCUCCUAAUUGAUUAAUGCUUACCAAAUUUCACUGUUUUAAUUCAGGAAAUCCAGUGAGACAAGAAUCUAACUCCAGAGUUGAUAACACACUUGAAACCUGGAUAAGGACAUAUUUAUUAGGCAAUCUUCUGUCUUAAGAGACUGCCCCAAAGUAUCUCUAAACAUACUGAGCACAGUUCUGAUCCACUUUUAUUAGAAGACUAAUUCUUAAGCAACUGGUUGUUCUGAAUGGUCGCUUAAGACAGGUAUAAUGUAAUUACAGGUAUUUUGCAGUUUGAAGAUAACGGGAUAAUGCAGAGCAUUUUUCAAAUAGCUUUUGGAGAAAGAUAUCUCAGAAUUCCAUCCUUACAUCCCACUCUAGCAAUUAUUUUCCUAAGCAAUUACUGACGCAUCUUGUGACUAUUAGCAAAAGCCUUUAUACAUAGUCUCAUACAUUCAGUUAACCUUGAAAACAAUAAAUUUUAAAGUGAUUUUUAACUAUUGUCAUGGGCAGUAAGCAAGUUAGUUUUUAUUUGAUAAAUGAGAGAGAAUUUCUAGGCCAAUAUUCAGACUGGGGUGGCCUAGAUUUAGGUGCCUAACUUUAUAUUUAGAUACCUAAAUAAGUGGUCUGAUUUCCAGAGGGAUGUCAGUGGGAGCUGCAGAUGUUCAGCACUUCCCAAAGUCAGGCCACUUGUGGGUCCCUAAAGUUUGACACCUAUUUGAGGAAUGUCUGUAAAUGAACAAGUUACAAGAGAAAUUUAAAUUUGGCAGAACUAGAUAUCUGUUCGUAAUGGGAUAUUUCUGCAGCAAUUCUAGCUAACUCUAUUAGCUGCAGGGUGUAUAUGCGUGGGUGAUGGAACAGCACUGAUGAUGCAAUUAUUCCAAAGAAUACAGUUUUUACAUUUUUGCACUAGUUAAUUAACCAAUUUUACUGUUUUUGCAUUAUGGACUAAAUGUGUUGUACAUUGUUGGGAGUAUAGUUUUUAUGUUAACUUAUAAAAUUAAAGUUAAGGGAUUUAAAAUGUUUUAGAUUAUUGUGAAUACUAUGUUUACUGAAGUUUUGUUGUGUAGUCAUCUUAUACAUCUGUAAUUCUUUCCCUUUGAAUGGACUGUAAUGCACUUGGCGAUAGCAGAUAAGCCGUUAAGUGUUUCAGUAAGGGACAGUUUUACAUGGUUGAUUAUAAAUACUAAUGAUUCCAA